CUUGUAGUAGUAGUUGUUGGUUUUGCCGCCAGAGGUUAGCACGUGGACAAUUGUUUGGUGCACGGAUGCCGAUGCUGUUAUUGCUGCCUUUCUCCCGUAAAUGAUAUAUUGUCAGAGCCAGAACUCUCAACAGAUGACAGGUGAAUUAGGGGUACUUAUCUUGAUGAGAGGGUCAUCACCUUGGCACACCUUUACCCCACCUUGAUGAAUCUUGUGGUUUACCAGAAAGGAAUACAAAAGUGAAGAUAGAGAAAGAUGGCGCGGGUGUAUGUUGGAGGACUGCAUUAUAAUUGUAGGGAGAGAGAUUUGGAAAGGUUCUUCAAGAGAUAUGGCAGACUUCGUGACUGUUUGAUAAAGAAUGGUUAUGGAUUUGUGGAGUUUGAGGAUGAACGAGAUGCCGAUGAUGCAGUAUAUGAAAUGAAUGGCCGCGAACUUCUUGGUGAGAGAGUUACAGUAGAACAUGCCCGAGGAUUGCCAAGAAGAGGAGGAUAUUCGGGGUUUGGUGGUCGGGACCGUGAUCGAGAGCGGCGGCCUGCUUGGCUCGACAGAAAAGACAAAAGGUAUGGCCCCCCAACUAGGACACCUUACAGGGUCAUUGUGGAAAACCUGUCAUCACGCAUCAGUUGGCAGGAUCUCAAGGAUUACAUGCGUAAAGCAGGAGAAAUUACAUUUGCUGAUGCACACAAACAUCGUCGUUAUGAAGGUGUUGUGGAGUUUGCAACUCGUUCAGAUAUGAAGAGGGCCAUUGAGAAAUUAGAUGACACUGAACUUAAUGGUCGACGUAUUCGCCUGAUUGAGGACCGGCAGCAGCAUUCUCGUUCAAGAUCACGGUCUCGUCGUCGAACAAGGACAAGGUCACGGUCACGGUCCAGGAGGUCCCGAUCGCGCUCCAGAUCACGUUCCAGAAGUCGCUCUCGUUCAAGAGGUUCACGAAGAUCACGUUCAAGGUCAAGGGAUUCCCGAUCCCGUUCACGAUCCCGUUCACGCUCCCGUACUCAUUCACGGACUCCUCGUUCUCGAUCGCGUUCCAAAUCACGCUCCCGGUCCAGAUCAAAAUCCAAUGAUAUAAAAAGAGAACGUGGUAGUCGUUCAAGAUCUGGCUCACACAAGAGGUCAGUAGAACCUGAUAUCAAAAAGGAUGAUGAUCAAAUCCGAAAGGACUCUCACAGUCGCUCAAGAUCUAGAUCACGCUCGCCUAUAAAGGUUAAAGAAGCAGCUUCAAGGUCACGUUCAAGGUCGGCCUCACGCUCACCUCGACCUCGAGACAGUCAUUCACGAUCACAGUCUCCUCAAGAGAAUGGACAUGACCAACCCGAGGAUGAGUAACAACUAAGUUAGUGCUUAUGUAAAAAUCAUUGAUAACAUCAGCACUAAGCUGAUAAUUUUAUUAGAAAUUAUAAGGAGCCUCUUGUGUGUAUGGAGAUAGCAUUAAAGAUUUAAACCUGUAAUUUUUUAUGGAAACACUCGUGUAUCAAGAACACUGAAGGCAUAUACCGAUUUGAUUUACUGGUAUCCCGUUAUGGUGAUAAUUGUGUGUGAUUGAUAUAAUUGCACUGUUUGAGGGUAGACUUGGUAUUAAGCAAUCCUUGCCAUUUAAGUAUAAACAGUGUGGUUGUUACUUCUAUGUAUAUUUUUUCUUUUCUUCAUGAAGAAACCACAAUGGUGUUUGAAAUUUAAUAUUUUUGCAUACUCAAUGAGUAUUAUUUGCUGUAUUUUUAUAGAUAAUGUACUAAAGAACAAGGAUGCCCUCUUUAUUCUAUUUAUUUUUAUUUUUGUUUUGUUUGUUUUUACCCCUUAAUAUUCAAGUGUAGAUAUGUUCAAGAGAAAUGCAUUGGGAUAUUGAAGUUAAGUUUACUAUUCGGAUUGUAUCAGCUAUGGUUUGCUAAAAAAGAAAAUAGUACAAAUAACAUCUUUCUGGCAUUUUUGUGUGGAAAUUUGUUGGCAAAUUAUUUGUAUAUCCAUAAUGUAAUAGUAUCAAACUUGGUAAGGAGUAGAAACACUUGGCAGAUUGUCAUGUUAUUUAGUGUUGUGGGUUACAGGUAAUUAAAGUAAAAAUUUUGUACAAUACUGGAAAUAAUUCUUAAUUAUUUCAGAAAAGUUUCUAAUUUUGUUUUGUUCUUAUUCUGAUAUUUGAUUGUAUGUAUCUAUGUGGUUAUAUGCUAGCAAGGCAUUUAAGGAUUGUCUGAUACCUGUAUCUGAACAUAAUACGUAAGAUGGCUCGGCCAAAUGCAGUGAUAUCCCCGUUAGCCGGAACAGUUGGUGCAGACCUCUUCCGGGAAUUAGAUAUUUCCGGGUAACGAGACGACUCUCAAAACCGGAAAAAUCCCCCAUCCCUGGAAUUUUUCCAAGUAUUGUACUGGAAAAUGUUUCUCAGAAUUUUCUAGAAAUUUUGCAUUAUUUCAUCCUUGGAAUUUGCUCCCAGGCCCAGAAAUUUUUUUGGGAGAUUUCCGGAAUUUAUCUUGUAAUUUUCAGAAAAUGCUCCUGAUUUUGCGUCUCGGAAUUUGUUGUUGUACUUGGAAAAUUGGAAAUAGUUUCCGGAAUUUCCAUAAAUUGGGCUUGAUUUGAAAACCUCCAAACCUGUAUUUGAGAUAAAUUUUCCGGAAAAAUCCCGAGCAAAUUUCAGUUCCGGCUAACGGAGAUACUACUGUUGACUUAAGAUAAAAAUUUACUAUAAUGAUAAGGUGGAAGCAAUAUGUGGUUUUGGAACCAAAGUACAGUAUGUAUACAGUAUACUAUAUAUAUAUAUAUAUAUAUAUAUAUAUAUAUAUAUAUAUUUUAUUUUAUUUUUUCUGACAAUAUACCAAGUGUUGACGUUCCUGUUGUGAUUACACUGGAUUCUCUUGUAGCCAUUGAUUUAUGGCCAUUUUGAAUUCUUGAAUAAAACAUAGAUGUUA